AUGCCGGAACACCCUCCGAGGAACUUGUUCGACGUCCCCGCCCCAAUCGCCGCCCUCUUCCGCCGCUUCCCGCUCGUCACACUGCCCCCGAAUGACCUCCCCAUCCGCUCCCCUCCCCGCGGCGACAUCCCGAUCCUCUAUGUCUUCACCACGGACGACGAUGCCCCGAGGGGCCGACCGAGCUUCAACCCCUCGUGUCUAAAGUGGCAGACCUUCCUCAAGAUAGCAGGCGUACACUUCCGCACCUGCCCCUCCACAAACCACGCCUCCCCCUCCGGCGCCCUCCCCUACCUCCAACCCUCGAUACCCUCGCGCCCCAUCAGCGCCGGCUCCAGACUCGAGACCUGGGCCCUCUCCCAGAACCCCUCCUCAAAACAACCGCCCCCGCCUCCAGCAAGCCGCCUCCAAGCCUACGAAGCCCUCCUCGACACCCGCGUCCGCACCGCCUGGCUCCACGCCCUCUACCUCUCCCCAGCCAACGCGCCCCUCCUCUCCCGCCUCUACAUCGACCCGGCCUCCACCAACGCCAUCGUCCGCCUCACGCUGCGGCACCAGACCACCUCCGCCGCCGAGGCCCUCGUCCUGAGGACGACGCGGACCGCCGUGGUCGACCCGUCGCGGAUAUACGCCGACGCGCGCGACGCGUUCGAGGCGCUGGCCACCUUACUCGACGAGAGCGGCAGCGGCGGCACGGGAUGGUUCUUUGGCGCUGAGGAGCCGACGUUGUUCGACGCCUCCGUCUUUGCGUAUACUCAUCUGUUGCUGGACGAGCAGUUCGGCUGGGUCGACCGCAAGCUAGUGGAGCUGGUGAAGGAGUUCCCUGCUCUCGCGAAGCAUCGGAAGAGGUUGCUAAAGAUGUGCUUCCCCGAAGAAAUGUAA